AUCUAUGGCACUGCCAUAUUGACAGAGUCGGUAUAUGUUAUGUAUUUUAUAUGGUUAUGUUGGCCUUUAGCCGCUAAAGUUUAGCGUCACAGGCAUAAAGGCGCAUUGAUAAAACACUUCUUGUUUUGGUUUGUUUUUAGCUUCUUGAGUGUUUAAUAAGUUAAACGUUAAAUAUAAAUCACCACCCCCAGGAAUCCCAUAACAGAUGUAAACAUUUUUGUAUUUGCUGGUGUACAAUAUCUGUUAAAAUUGAUUUGUAACAAUUUUCUUUAUAGGUUUACGUAAUCGAAUUUAUAUUAAAAUGGAGAAGGACAAAUCUAGGGGUUUUAAACAUCUACAAGAUAAGAAGAAGUAUAAACCGAAACCUAAAUCAAACUCUACUACAGUGGUCACUAAAUCCAAGCCAAUAAAAUUAGAUUCAAAUUGGGAUAGAUAUGAUGAGGAAGACAACGAUAAUUUUGAAUUAGAAAGUAAAACAAAUUUUUCUAUUUUAGCAAGUAACCCUAUUAUAAAGGGUAGUCAUUUUCAAUUCAAACGUGAUAAAUUGGAAAUAUUUGGUUUAAAUGAAGAAGAAAAAAAUAUUUUUAAUUUGGAUAUAAAUAUUCUUAAUUUAAGUUUAACAACUUUACCAUUUUUUGAAUUUAUUGGAUAUCAAAUACAAUUUUCUGUAAGUAUAAUUGUUUGCAUUUAUUACACGUUAUACAGGGUGUCCAAAAAGGGUGUGAGUACUUUAUUUGUCCAUUUACUGUGAAACGCGGCAAUUAGUCCUGAUGUUAGAACAUGGUUUCAAAUAUUUUAAGUUGCUGAUCUAGGUAUAGGAAAAAUUGUGUAUUUUCAUUGUAUAUCUAGCAGCUUGGUCACGCUAAAAUUAGUGUUCUCCUAAAAUGCGAGUGCGCAAAAAACGCGUUUUUUACCGAUAAACGGCAUAAUUGCAACAACAUUUCAAUGAAAGACAAUUUAACAUCCAC